GUGCAAACUAAAAAAUAACAGUUUUGUGUACACACCGCACGCGUGGACGUGAACUACCGUUGCCUUACUACCUUUACCGUUAGCUAUCCGAAAUUUUACCGAUUAUGCCCGCCAGGGAACCGCCAACAAAAUGCUGUGCCAAUUUCGACGAUACUGCACUCAGCCGGAAUUCUUCCCGCGCAGCACCGUACGCCGUUUGAAAGCGAAAGCCGCGAUUGAAAAGUGUGACGCUGAAGUUCCUACGAAAAAUGAAACAGUUAAAGAAGCACCCGUUGUGCCUUCCAAAGCUGCGAACUCCGCCCGAUUGAAUGAGAUGAACAUCCAGCUACUGUCCCAGGGACUGUACGACCAAAUCUUCUGCAUCGCAGAAUCAAACAACGGUAAGUCAUGCUCCCCGUCAUCGGAUUUGGUCGAGAAACUGCGAAAGGAUCUGACACGGCACGGAAUUCCGUUCGAUAAUCCGGAAAUCUUACCAGACGUUGGUGUCCGUUUGCCUAAGUUGAAGGGUGCCAACAUCGAGGAACAUUUUCUUCGUAUCGCACAGGAGCAAAGUCAACCCUAUUUGGAUUUGCUGCAGUUGUUGGCAAGUGGGAAGGUUCCUCCGUUGCCGGAGAAGUGGUCCGAUAGUGUAGGUUGGACGUGUUAUGACCCCGAACGGGGGGUAUGUUCAGUGCCUUACCCGGAUGAACGGGCGUUCGUGUUCGAUGUGGAAGUUUGUGUAACUGCCGGUGCGACACCGGUGAUGGCCACAGCUUUGAGUCCAACCAGGUGGUAUUCGUGGACCGGUGCGAGUUUGUCCAAUCAGGUGGCUUUUGGGGAGGGCCAUCGUUAUCAGCUGUCAGAGAUGAUUCCUAUGGAAUCGAGCGAGAAGGACAAACGAACGGAUGGAAAAUUUCUGGAACCGAAGAUUGUAGUCGGACACAAUGUGUCUUACGACCGGGCACGUAUCCGGGAGCAAUAUUGGGUGGAAGGCACACGACUACGGUUUGUGGACACAAUGUCCCUACAUGUUUGUGUCAGCGGAGUUACUAGUUAUCAGAGGGCAAUGCUGAAAUCGAGUAAGGAGAUGCCACUAGAGGAUCAGGGAUGGAGCAGUCAGAGCUCGUUGAACAACUUGGCCGACGUCUAUCAGCUAUAUUGUGGGGCUAAGCUGGACAAAGAGAAAAGAAAUAUAUUUCUAGAAGGGUCACUGGCGGACGUCAAGGAUAAUUUUCAGAGUUUGAUGAAUUAUUGCGCGGGAGAUGUUAUGGCAACGAAGGCGGUUUUGGAGAAGCUACUUCCACUGUAUCUGGAACGAUUUCCUCAUCCGGCAACGUUGGCGGGAAUGUUGGAAAUUGGAAAUGCGUACUUGCCGGUAAACAGUAACUGGACCAGAUACAUCCAGGAGUCGGAUUUGGCGUAUGAGGAUUUGAAUAUUGAGGCAAAGCAUCUGUUGGCUCGAAGAGCGGAUGCUGCUUGUCGGCUGAUGCACGAGGACAAAUACAAGGAGGAUCUAUGGCUGUGGGAUCAGGACUGGAGUGUACAAGAUCUGAAGCUGAAAAUCGCCAAGAAGGUGUCCUCAAAAAAGAAAAAGAAGGAUGUUGAUGGUGCAACGACAGAGCAGAAAGCGAUUCCUUUAGAAAGUAAAGAGGAGGAUACCGAAGAAGAUAUUCUGGCGAGGAAGUUUGAGUAUUUGUACAAAACAAAGGAUUUGUUGCCAGUGCGACGACCGUUGCUUCCAGGCUACCCGGCUUGGUACCGAAAUUUGUGCUCGAAACCAACAGACAACGAGUGGUCCCCGGGAGCAACGAACAUCGGAACCGGUAUGCAGAUAGCACCAAAGCUGCUACGCCUGUGCUGGGAAGGUUACCCUUUGCAUUUCAUCCGCGGACAGGGAUGGGGAUUCCUUGUGCCACACAAGUUUGCCCGAGAAGAUGAUGAAAGUGGCACAAUUCCAUUGGAACAGUUGGCCGCCGCUUGCCCGGUGCUAGACAUCAACCCAGGAGCAUCGCCCGGCGAAAGUCAAGAAGCGUUGGGCAGCUUGUGGCGGGACGUGGAGCAGAACAUUAGCCGGAAGGACUACUACAGGAAGCUUAAAAAAGACAAGACCAACAAUGCAUACAAAGGAACCGGAAUUUGGUGCAACCUGGAUCUGGAGGAAUGCUGUUAUUUCCUCAAACUACCGCAUAAGGACGGUCCUUCGCAUCGGGUGGGAAACCCCCUGUCAAAAGACUUCUUGAAUAAGUUCUCGGAAAACGUGUUGGCUGGUGAUGGAAAGACGGCCGAAAGGGUCGUCGAAAUUGCCAAAAUGCUGUCCUACUGGCGAAAUAAUCGAGAUCGAAUCAACGGACAGUUGGUGGUGUGGCUCAGCAGAGAUCAACUACCGAAACACUUGCGAGAUGAGGACAUGGAAUAUGGGGCGAUCAUUCCCCAAGUCGUAGUAUGCGGAACAUUGACGCGACGGGCAAUGGAACCAACAUGGAUGACGGCGAGCAAUGCACAGAGGGAGCGUAUCGGAAGUGAGCUGCGGGCAAUAGUACAGGCUCCGAAGGGAUAUAAAAUGGUUGGUGCUGACGUUGACAGUCAAGAGCUAUGGAUAGCAUCGGUACUGGGAGAUGGUCACGCGGCGGGAAUUCACGGAGCUACUCCCUUCGGUUGGAUGACCCUGAGUGGGUCGAAAGCUACCAAGACUGACAUGCAUAGUGUCACGGCGCAAGCCGUCGGAAUAUCUCGUGAUCACGCCAAGGUCAUAAACUAUGCGAGAAUCUACGGUGCCGGGCAGAAUUUUGCCGAACGAUUGUUGAAGCAGUUCAACCCUACUUUCUCGGACGCGGAAGCCCGCUCAAAAGCUAUGAAGAUGUUUGCACUAACAAAGGGUAAGAAGUUCUACUACCUCAAACCGGAUUUCCGGGAUGAGUUCCCCCACAAAGGAUACUCCGGUUACGAAGCCUUGAAGAUGGCCAAAGUGUACAACAAAUCCGUUGAAGAGAUGUUUGAAAAAGCUCGCUGGGAAGGCGGAACCGAGAGCGCCAUGUUCAACCGAUUGGAAGAAAUCGCCGGAUCGGAAACUCCGGUCACUCCAUUUUUGGGCGGUCGAUUGAGUCGAGCCUUGGAACCCCAGGAGGGAACCGAAGAACGUUUUCUACCAACGCGGAUCAACUGGGUCGUGCAGAGUGGAGCCGUCGAUUUCCUGCAUCUGAUGCUCGUUUCGAUGCGCUGGCUGAUGGGUGACCGGGUUCGAUUUUGCUUGAGUUUCCACGACGAAGUACGCUAUUUGGUGGCAGAUCGGUUCGCUCACCGGGCGGCACUGGCCAUGCACGUCACAAAUUUGCUGACGCGAGCAUUUUGCGUUUCAAGACUCGGCUUGAACGACCUUCCGCAAUCGGUGGCCUUCUUCUCCACCGUUGAGGUGGAUUCUGUCCUAAGGAAAGAAUCCCACAUGGACUGCAAGACACCAUCCAAUCCGCAUGGUUUAGCCGUGGGUUAUGGAAUUCCUAACGGAGAAUCCCUCAACAUCUAUCAACUGUUGGAACGGCUUGGUCCAGUUGACUCUGACAUGACCAGUUGGGAAUGGCACCGAGGAAAACCCUCGACAACUGACAAAUAUCGACUGAAGAAAAAAGAUAAAAUCUUGGAAAAGGAAUAAAUUGGCAUAAAAUUUA